AUGGCAGCCCCAUCGAUCACCUGCAGACGGGAGACUUUUUUGGAGAGAUUGCUCUUACAGUCUCCAAGGAACGCAUCGCAGAUGUUGUUUCCCUGGGAUGCGAUGCCUCCCAUGCGAGACAAAGGGGCAUUCAGGACGGAGACUCGGGGCCUGCUGAACUGCUACAGUUGCUGAGAACAGAUUUUGAAGAGCUUAUGGUCAAAUAUCCAGUGUUGAAAAGCCGCCUUGCGUUUAUCGGGCAGGCUCGCGUUCGCCGCCAAGCGAAUGCAGUUGCCAGGGAACUCGGUCUUCAGGAAGAGAAUUCGUCGAAGAGUGCCGAAGCGGAUCCUCAACAGACUUUGCGGUCACGCAAUGAGUUCAAGCAGAAAUGGAAGAGCCUACGAUUGAUCAAGGGUGAAGAGCUGGAAGGAGAGUUGGGCGUUGGGACUGGGCACCUUGCGAAAAAGCUGAAGAAAAACUCAAAACGAGCCUCAAGUCAAGGAAGUUGGCUUUUCCGAUCUUGGACCAACAGUGGGGAGGGAAAAAAUUUUGAUAUUGGCUACUUCCUUCUCAGCUUUUUAUGUGCAACUGCGUCUGCUGCGUUGGUUGUUUAUAUCCUUUCGGACAUAACUGUGUAUAUCAAUGCUUGAGUGUGCGAUGGACGAGCGAGGAGUCUGCUGUUCGAGCAGAGAGAUUAGUAUUGUCCAUCUUAACCAUGUUGCUUGAAGUUGUAUCUCUUCGCGUCGUUU